AUGGCGACCCUAGCGGACGAGCUGCUCAAUGACUUUGAGGACUCCGGUGACGAAAACAACGACAACAGCAAUGAUUUGCAGGAUGGAGAUGAAGCAAACCAUGCGAACGGCCUGGGAUUUGCGACCGACAACGCACAGCGGGGUGGCGACGACAGUGACGAAGAAGUGGAAGAUGCCGAGGAAGAAGUCGCUGCCCAGAAGGCGUCCGCCAUAGCCGCAGAGGGUGUAGACGAUGAAGAAGAUACCAAGGCCAAGGUGGAAAAGAUGCGACUGGGAGGCGUGCGUGAUGUCCGAAGCGUGGCCGGUCUGAUGAAGACUUUGGAACCAGUUCUCGAGAAAAUCGCACAUUACCAGAACAUACCACCUGAUCAACGGACGACGACCGUUGGCUCAGUCGAAGAUAACCCAGAAUACGCCCUCUUGACCCAGGCCAAUUCCCUGUCCACACAGAUUGACAGCGAAAUCAUUCUCGUCCACAAGUUCAUUCGCGAUCAUUACUCUGCACGAUUCCCAGAGUUAGAGACCCUCGUGGCCAACCCGAUAGAUUAUGCGAAAACUGUCGCAAUCGUCCGAAAUGGACCUGUGGACAACAUCAAAAGUCUAGCAGAUUCUAGUGAUAAUAUUGUCGGGGCUCCUCUGAGGUCGAUCCUGGACGGGCCAACGCUGAUGGUUGUCACGGUGGAAGGAACGACAACCAAAGGUCAAGAUCUGAGCGAACAAGAACUUGAGACAACCCUCCGCGCGUGCGAAAUGGUGCUGCAACUUGACAGAGCCAAGAAGAUCUUGACCGAAUAUGUGCAGUCUCGAAUGAACGUCUUCGCCCCGAAUCUCACCGUGCUUAUUGGCUCCCUAACUGCGGCUCAAUUGCUCAACUUUGCUGGCGGGCUCAAGAACCUGGCAAAGACGCCUGAUCGCAAUGUACCAGCUAUGGGUUCAAAGAGGCAGAGGCAGAGUGGCUUAGCCACCAAUGUGGGCAUCCGACAGCAAGGAUAUCUCUAUCAUUCGCCCCUCAUACAGGAAAUUCCAAACGAUCUAAGGGUGCAGGCAAUGCGCAUCGUGUCAGGGAAGCUCAUCCUUGCCGCCCGAGUCGAUAGCGUCCACCAAGCCCGCGACGGCUCAACGGGCGAGCACCUCCUAAACGAGUGUCUGCGGCGGCUCGACAAGUUGACCGAGCCCCCGCCGAACAGAGGUGUAAGGGCUCUACCUGCACCCGAUGACAAACCGAGCAGAAAGCGUGGUGGAAGAAGAGCCCGAAAGGCGAAGGCAGCGUAUGCCAUGACCGAACUCAGAAAGCAACAGAACCGUAUGGCGUUUGGUAAAGAAGAAGCAGAAGUCGGGUACGGAACUGGGGAGGAGACAGUGGGUCUGGGGAUGAUUGGUGCUCAAAAUGAAGGGAGAAUACGAGUCACGCAGAUCGAUCGUCGAACCAUGGCAAAGUUGAGCAAGAAGAAUCCCGGCUGGGGUGUCUCUGGUACGGCGACAAGUCUGAAUAACGGAACGACAACAUCUCUGCGAGGCUUUGGGUCUGCAGGUGGAGGAAACAUGACUGCGCUCCGAGCUCAAGGUCUUCGAACCAGUGGCGUUGGGGCCGGCACUGCAAGUUCAAUUGCUUUCACCCCCGUCCAGGGUCUUGAGUUGGUCGAUCCAAAAGUGCAGGCGGAGCUCAAGAGGAAGCGCGAUGCUGAGAGUGCGGGUUACUUUUCAACUGGCACGUUUACUCAAGUCAGCUCUGCAGCCGCGAAUGGCGGGUUCAAGGUGCCUGGAUUGCCUCCGAGCAAAAAGACGAAUAUGGGCCCUCCCCCUGCACCUGGUAAAUGA